AUCACCAUAAAUUCUGCACGGCCAAUGCAAACGGUGAAAUGACCAUGCAGCGCUUUUAAGAAAAGCUACCAGUCGUUAACAGGCGCUACUGUGUCGUAUAGGUGGCUAAUGUAGAAUACACCUACGCCUGAUAGGAGGUAUCCGUUACCGCGUCAGGCAACUUGAACAUUAUACCGGUUGCCAGGAUCACGUUCCUUUAUCAAAUUAUUUAUUGAUCUCUCACACACACACACACUCUCUCUCUCUCCUGGUCUCGCUCUCUUUCACUGUAGGUGCCUACCUCUCCUCAUCAGCUUGCCAAGCGCGCGAGAGUUGUGCGUAAAAAAAAGUAGCGCUGGGUGUCUGUCGCCACUUAUUGAAUUACAUCACGCUUCGGAGUUCCUAUCCGGGAGCACCAGCUCAAACAGCCCUGUCCCUUCAUCCUCUUUGUCCCCACUUAAGCCAACGUCCACAGAGCAACGCCGACUUUGAGAGGAAGUUUCACCGCCAGUGCUGGCGGCGCCAAACGAUUGAGGAUUGUCGGUGGAGGCGAAACGGAAUAAAACAUUCUUCCUAAAAAAAAACAGAAACGGGUAAAACCUUCAAGCUGAAUUCGUCCGGCCUACUGACUAUGCCCCGGAGUCCCACGUCCAGUGAGGAUGAGAUGGCCCAGAGUUGUUCUGACUACUCAGAGGACUCCGCCUCUGACAGCUCCCGUGAGGAGACCAUCUACGAGACCAUAAGAGCCACCGCCGAGCCGGCCCCCAGACAAAUGGACGACAUACACACUCACUCCCUGGUCGUCCGCAUCGUCAUCCCUGACCUGCAGCAGACAAAAUGUAUGCGGUUCAACCCAAACGCAACCGUGUGGGUUGCCAAGCAGAGGAUCCUGUGCACGCUGAACCAGAGUCUGAAGGAUGUGUUGAACUACGGCCUCUUCCAGCCCGCCAUGAACGGACGAGACGGGAAGUUCCUGGAUGAAGAACGCCUCCUCCUGGAAUACCCACAGCCAAUCAACAAAGGAGUUCCAUCUCUGGAGUUCCGCUACAAGAACCGAGUCUACAGGCAGCCCCAUGUGGAAGAGAAGCAGAUUGCCAAACUUCACACCAAGGCCAACUUGAGAAAGUUUAUGGACCUCAUCCAGCACCACCAGGUGGAGAAAGUAUCUAGGCUGCUGGAGAGAGGGCUGGACCCCAACUACCAGGAUACAGAGACUGGUGAGACCCCCCUGACAUUUGCGGCCCACCUGGAUAACGUGGUGGAGAUCAUAAAGAUUCUGAAGAAUGGAGGGGCCCACCUGGACUUCAGGGCCAAAGACGGCAUGACGGCCCUACACAAAGCUGCUAGGUCCAAGAACCAGGUUACUCUGACGACCCUGUUGGAGCUUGGUUUGUCUCCAGACUAUAAGGACAGCCGGGGUCUGACGGCGCUCUACCACACAGCUAUGGUGGGAGGAGACCCGUUGUGCUGUGAGUUGCUGCUACAUGAACACGCCACCGUCUGCUGCCAGGACGAAAACGGCUGGCACGAAGUCCACCAGGCUUGUCGGAAUGGCUUUGUCCAGCAUCUGGAGCAUCUGCUGUUCUACGGGGCGGACAUGAGCGCACAGAACGCCUCAGGGAACACAGCGCUGCACAUCUGUGCUCUCUACAACCAGGAUAACUGUGCCAGGGUGCUGCUGGUCCGUGGAGCCGACAAAGCGGUGAAGAACUACAACAGCCAGAGUCCCUUCCAGGUAGCCAUCAUCGCAGGGAACUUUGAACUGGCUGAACUGGUCAAGAACCACAAAGAGACAGAUAUAGUGCCUUUCCACGAGGUCCCGGAAUACUCCAAGCGGCGUCGGGCACUCCCCCCUACCAGCAGCAGCGGCAGCUCCCUGGCGACCCCCCGGGUCCUGCUGCGCUCCAACAGUGACAACAACCUCACGGUGAGCCAAGGGCCCCCCCAGGACUGGUCCCAGCCCCAGGGACCCCCCCAGCACCACAGACCCCAACACGGAGGGGUCGGACCCCCCACCUCCACCUCCCACCAUAUCCUCUCUCCACAGCUGCUCCAGCAGAUGCAGGGGAACCCCAAUGGCACUGUGAGCACCAUGGGCCAGGGGUCCCGCAGUACCAGCGUGGGGGUGGUCCCCCGGAGUCAGUCCCCGUCCCUCAACCGGCUGGGAGAGGAGGCCCGCAGGCCGCACCAGCAGACACAUGUACAGACACAGCAGACGCAGCACAGACAGCCAAGCCCCAGUGGUCAUGUGGAGGUGGGGGUGCAGCGGAGGAAGCUGUACAGUGCCGUGCCAGGGAGGCACUUUGUGGUGGUCCACGCCUACCGGCCACAGGCCGAGGGAGAGAUCCCCCUCUACAAGAACGACAGGGUCAAAGUUCUGAGCAUCGGAGAGGGGGGCUUCUGGGAAGGCAGUGCCCGGGGCCAGGUGGGCUGGUUUCCUGCGGAGUGCGUGGAGGAGAUUCCUGCCAAGCCCAGCGAGGAGAGGAUGCACACAAGAGCUGAUCGCUCGGACAGGAGGAAACUCUUCCGCCACUACACUGUGGGGUCCUACGAUAGCUUUGACGCCUCCAGCGACUGCGUGGUCGAGGAGAAGACGGUGGUCUUGACCAAGAAGGAGAAUGAAGGCUUCGGCUUCGUGCUGCGAGGGGCCAAAGCGGACACGCCCAUCGAGGAGUUUACUCCCACCCCUGCCUUCCCAGCCCUCCAAUACCUGGAGUCAGUGGAUGAGGGAGGAGUGGCCUGGCAGGCGGGGCUUAGGACCGGGGACUUCCUCAUUGAGGUCAACCAGGAGAAUGUGGUGAAGGUGGGCCACAGGCAGGUGGUCAACAUGAUCCGUCAUGCAGGGAACAGCCUCAUCAUCAAAGUGGUAACGGUCAGCAGGAAUAUGGACCCUGAGGACACCGCACGCAAAAAAGCCCCCCCACCGCCAAAGAGAGCCCCCACAACCGCCCUGUCUAUGCGCUCCAAGUCUAUGACCUCUGAACUGGAAGAACUAGAUAAAGUGGACGAGGUGUCACCUUCCCAGAAUGCCGUGGACACGAAGGUGGCCACCAUUAAGCCACGCCCCUCCAGCCGCUGUUUGAUCACGCCUACUGACAUGAAUUCCAUGUACGACCGCCAGGGGGGUGUGGCAGUGGUACCAUCCACCAUGCCAGGCAGUCCUAGAAGGGGGGCAUUCCUGGGCAUACUUGCCAAGGGUGGCACCAUGAGGAGACAGAAGUCCAUAGGUAUAACAGAAGAGGAGAAGACGCUCCUCACCCCUCCCCCACUCAAGUUCACCCGCAGCCUCUCCAUGCCCGACACGUCCGAGGACAUUCCCCCUCCCCCGGCCAUCUCCCCCCCGUCUCCCCCCUCCUCCUUCAACUCUCCAUCCGUCUCCCCCACGCCACGGGGCUUAGGCGCCAACCGACCGGGCCUCACCCUCAACUCCGCUGGAAAAUGUUCCAACACUACUAUCCUUGGCAACCGCACAGUAGAUGUAGGGACGCUAAGGCGAGGUUAUCACCGCCAGAGCUCAGAACAGUACGAUAGUAGAAGUAGAGGACGGGCACCCGUGCCCGAGAACCCAUACUCAGAGGUGGGCAACAAGGCGCUGUACGUGCCUGCCAAGCCGGCGAGGAGGAAGGGCAUGCUGGUCAAGCAGCCCAAUGUGGAGGACAGCCCAGAGAAGACCUGUUGUGCCCUGCCCUCAGAUGACAUUUCCAUGCCGACCACACCAACUGAGAGGACCUUCUCAUCCAUUCCCAUCCCUACCAUCAUCGUCAAGGAGCCGUCCACCAGUAGCAGUGGAAAGAGCAGCCAGGGCAGCAGUAUUGAGAUCGAGCCCACCACGCCCGAACACCCACCCUUAACGCCCGGGGCAGGGGGUAGGGGACUGAGGCCUGAAGACCCCAUUGUCAACAACCCCUUCGCGGCUGCCAUCGCAGGGGCAGUUAGGGACCGGGAGAAGAGGCUGGAGGCGCGGAGGAACUCGCCCGGCUUCCUCUCCACCGACAUGGGGGAUGAGGACUUGGGAGACCAGGCCCCGUGCCUACUCCAGUCCAAGUCUAUCGAUGAGGGGAUGUUCAGUAAUGAUGAGCACCUGCAGAGGAUAAUGGCUCCCCCGCCGGACUCCACCCUGCUACGGUCACAAGAAGGGGGUGACCGUGGGGGUAACGUGACAGACUUCAACACCCCUGAGCCCACCCAGGUGGUGAGGGAGCCCCUGACCGCGCGUACCGGCCAGUACCCCAACCUGGACAGCCCCGUCAGUCUCCCGGCCACUCCACCCAAGACCUACAGCUCCAACGGAGGAAGGGACUACCUGCACCCCGUCACAGGUAAGGCCCUGGACCCUAGCUCGCCCCUCGCCCUGGCGCUGGCGGCCCGGGAAAGAGCCAUGAAGGAGCAGACACAAACAACCAUGGCGACGCAAGCCCCACCCCCUUCUCAACCUCAACCGCUCCCCAAGAGCGAUGCCCCCCAGUCCCUCCCUCCCAACCCCCACAAACCUAGCCUCAAUCAGCCCCUCUUCAUCGAUACCAAACUCCGCUCCAACACCGAGGCAAGCUUCGCUACCUCCACGACAACUCUGGGGCGAGGCAGAGUGGUAGGCCUGAGGAGACAGAUGACGGAGCAGAAGUACGAGUCGGAUGGAGCGAGGGAGGAGAGGCAGCAGGCGGAGCAGGAUGGGAAGAGCAUACAGAUCGACAUUGUGAACACGUCACAACCGCAGAAAGCUGCUGGGCUGCUGAUGGUGCACACCAAAAACAGCCCAGAGGAGGAAGACAGGGGGCAGGAGAAUACACCAGCCCAGGACAACAGCAUCCCCAGUGAACUGAGAGACCCCAACCAGCCAAAACCCCCCACCAACAGCCACAAUUCCAUGCCCCUGCCCCCUUUGCCACGGGGAAAGAGCAUCACGGCUGGGGGGUCGGUGGACGAGCCAAUCAAGCUGCCCUUCCGCAUGCCCCCUCCCCCACUGGCCUCGGUGGACAUCGAGGAGGUGGAGGAGUUUGUCUUCUCCGAGCCCCUGCCGCCACCGCUGGAGUUCGCCAACAGCAUCGACAUCCCUGAGGACCAGGCAACGGCCAUCGCUGAGUUGCUCAAGCAACGAGACCAAGAGAGACGCAACGGUAUGGGGGACAGGGGGCCAAAUCCACCCCCAUACUACACCCACGCCCCGUCCCCUGUCGGCCAGUUCCGACGGGGAAGCGGGAUGUCCAAUUGCGUGCCCCCACCCUCCUAUCCCCCUCCGCCCCCCAACGGUGGCUUUGAGCAAGGUGUCACUGACUCAGGCAUCGAGGAGGUAGACAGUCGCAGCAGUGGAGACCCCCGUAUGGAGACUACCAGCACAAUUUCCACAGUUUCCAGCAUCUCUAUACUGUCGUCGGAGGGCGGGUACAACAGCGCCCUGGAGAACACUUCUAUGGUCUAUACUGAUGGCCAGGCUUACCUCGAUGACCGACCCCCCGUUCCCCCCAAGCCCAAAAACAAGCCCAUCAUCAACAAGAACACUGCACUUUACCACGACGUCCUCAUGGAGGAAUCCCUGGACUCCUUCGGGGCGCCCCCUCCUGUCCCUCCUCCUCCACCCGGGUCCAUGUCCCCCCCGAAUCUUCCCAGGACUCCCACCCAUCGGUCGUCCAAGCUGUGGGGCGAGCCCCCGGAGCUCAGGAGCCCACCCACGUCCGACCCCAAGGCCACGGUUAUCAACGAGUUGAGCUCCAUCUUAUCACAGAUGUACCGGCCCAAACCGGGGGACUCCUUCGACUCACCCACCACAGGGGCCAGGGACAGCUUUGGAACUAGCUCUCCAGCCUCAGGAAGCCAACGGAACUCCAGCGUGUCCUUCAGCCUGCCCCCCUCCUCCUGCACACCUCCUUCCAGCCUGCCCCCUCACCUCUGCAGCCCCCCGGACACCUCGUCCCUCUCCUCGCCCCCCUGCCCCUCCUCUUUACCCCACUCUGCCUCGCCCAGCCUCAGCGACCUCUUCGGCCUGCCCACCCCACCCAUGGGGAGUACGAGUGGCUUCGGCAGCAUGGGCGGUAGCCUUGGUGGAGGGUCCUCGUGCGGUGGCUCACGCUCCCCCUCGCCACUGACCCUAAUGCAGGCCGUAGCCACCUCGGGCAAGCCCUUUGCCUCCAAGCCCGUAGAGCUGUGGAGCAAGCUGGACGUGGCCGACUGGCUGGACAGUCUGAAUUUGUCGGAGCAUAAAGACGCCUUCCUGGACAACGAGAUCGAGGGCGCCCACCUGCCCUCGCUGCAGAAAGAGGAUCUGAUUGACCUGGGGGUGACGCGGGUGGGCCACCGCAUGAACAUCGAGAGGGCCCUCAAAAUGCUGCAGGACAGAUAAAGCCAGGGGGUGUGGAUUUAUCUGAAACACUCUCUGUCCUACCUGUUCUCCUUUUCUGUCUGGGACGAUUUAGGAAUCGGCCUCUGACUCCUCCCUUCCUGCCUUGACUCUGUGGCGUGUUUGUGUUUGAUCAUUCCCAUUCUGCUUCCCGAGUAUCAGGGGAUGUCGGAACCCUGAAGGAACUGCAUCAAUCCAGAAUGGAGAAAAAGUGGGGGAAAUCCUGUAUCCUUUUAGGGAUGCUCUUGUCACCACACUUUGGAAUAUUCUUGAAACGUAGCCCUCAAACACUUUGAAAUACUGAUAGAAAUCCAACCUGGACAUGUUUGGAAUACUAAAAACUACAACUCCCAAUUUGCUUUGGAAUACUCAAUACUUUUUCAAAGCUCCCACAGUGCGGGUGUUUGAAACCAGCUGAGCUGGUUGGCGCUCCUUUUCUAUCUUUGCUAGAGUUUCUUCAGAGAAUAUUUCUUCACUAGAGUCAAACCGUGGGUUAUGUUUAUGGAUGCAUCUGACGUUGUAGAGACAUUUGAAAAACAUUAGAAACGAGAACCUUUGCAGAAAUGUUUAGCUUAAUCCUAAACCAUAUCACUCGCUGCGAGCAAACACAAGCACACACACACACACACACACACACACACACACACACACACACACACACACACACACACAUCCGGCGAUGGCCUUCUCCUGAGAGAAACAUAAUGAUGUGUUAGUCUUUUCUAAUGCAUGGCUGGAGGGGCUCCACUGUAGCAGGCACCACUGUCCCCUUCACAUCCCUGUUCACUGUUGAAGGUGUGUGUAUUUGCGUUUUGUCAAAGACAUGUUUGUGAGGUGUGUGUGCGCACGCUGUGGGAGGUUUGCUAAAUGGGUUUUUAGAAAGACAUGAGUGAGAGUGUAAGGCCUAGAUUCAAUCAAAUCAAGCGUUAAGCAGUGCUAGCCGACACCCGCAUAGCUGAUGUUUUGGCGGUGUCGGAGGUGUAACUGUGUUGGAGCUGUCAAAUCGGUGAUCAUUGUCACGAAGCCUCACCCAUUUAUUUAUUGUUAGAAGUUCAAAAAGAGAAAGUGUAUGCUAUAUAUAAAUCAUAUAGCACACAAUAAUACGCUCAAAUUGAAAACCAUGAAACCACAAAAUAAUUGAGGAUUUCUAUCAACCUAAUCAAGGUGUAGACUGCAUCUCACAUUCCGGUGUUCGAACUUGUAAACAGGGCUGCGUGGGAUUUAUCUUAAUGCGAUUCUGUGCAGCCAAUGGCAAAGUCUGUUUUAGGUAUAAUGCCAGGAGCCGCUUGUGGAUUUGACAGCUCUAACACAGUUCCACCUCCGACACUGCCAAAACAACCCUACGCUGGUGUUGGCUGGCGCGGAUCUGAUAUAAUCUAGCCCUAAGUGUUGGCGUCAUGUGUGUUUUCAUCGUCUUCCACACACUUGACAGUGACCCGGACAGGAGUGGAAUGCCAGACCCCUUACUCCCUACCCCCGAAUCAACCAGCCUCCCUUCAGGCCUAUGACAGAUAUAAUCCACCUAUCACAAGAACAAUUUUCCUGCCAUAAUAUCACGAUCUCUCUCCUCUCUAUUCAGCCAUCUUUAAUCAUGUCUAAUCACUGAGUGAUUCCUUUCACAGAUCAAACAUUGUUUUUAUAUUAAUACCAGUGUGUGCUGUUGUGUUAUAGGUGAAGGUUAAAAACAAUUUGUUGACAAUGAUUCCCGGCGAGUAUUUGAAGACAACCAUUUAAAGGAUGAGUGCAAAGUGGGUGUUACUUUGUGAUCUGUGUUGACUGUGUGCUUGUUUUUAGACAGCUAACUUAUACUGUGCAUUGCAGGGGCCAAGAAUACCAUAAAUAAUAUAAAUUCACUCAAAUCUGCUGCCCAGACAUUCACACUAUCACCGAAGAGGAUAUACAUUUUUUUAAAUGUAAAGGAACAUUUACAAAGUUUGUGUAUAAUCAGUGUUUGCAUUGCCGAUGAAUCACAAAAUGUAUUUAUUGACAAGAAGAGGUGUUAGUCCAACCUGGUGUUUCCAGAGGGAAGAAAAGAGGUGUGACACAGCAGCACCAACUGAGCAGCUAUUAGAGGGGUAUGGUUUGAUCCAGCCAAUAGGCUUUCGAUUAUGCAUUUGGUCCCUGUUCAUUUGAGAAUGAGAGGGAGGGUCCUCCGUAACACUUUACUUAAGCCUGCAGGUAGAAGGCUUGCUUAUCAGAAGUUAUAAAGUAUUAUUACUACAGGCUUCAAGUAAAGUGUUACAGAGUCCUUUUCUCAAAAAAAAGUAGAGCAAGAUUAUCUUCCAAUCAAAGCUCCCAUCUGACCGCCAAUCAAUUGUCUCCAUCCUUUUUCAUGAAACACCGUUAUGUCAAUGUACCCAGGAAGUGUUUGGUGGCAUUGAUUUGAAGUAAAUUGAAUAUAUUUCUUGUUUUGAAUGUGUAUAAAGGAAUGAUUUAAAGAAAAGAGUACAUCUACAGAAUAAUUAGAUGUAUAAUAUUUCUAAACGGUUCAGAGAGAAUUUCCUAUGAAAGACUAUGGCCAUCCACCCUCAGAACUUAUUUUCUUAUUUCCACUCAAUCCCUGUUUUGUGUUUGGAUAGUGCCUCAAAUAGCUCAUUAUUCUCUACAUAGUGCCCCAUUUCUGGCCUCUCUGCCUCUGAACUAGAUUAGAACUACCCCAGAAUGGACUGCAAAGAGAAGUGUGGAAGCCAUGUAUGCCACUGUAUCCCCAUGACCUAUAUAUUAGAACAUAUCACUACAAAAGUGAACCGUAUUUUGGUGGUCAUUCGAGGACAUAUCCCAUGAUUCGAUCAGUUCACAGUGAUGUUCUAUGAACAUAACCAUGAUUUUUUGGAUUGUGUGCAAUUUAGGGUCUCCUGUAGGGCAACAAGAAAAAAAGAAGCUACCUUGGUGAGAUUCCUUCUUCUGUCUCCCGGUCCCUGUGUGCAACUGUAUGGUAAUGAAGGGAAGACAAAAGGGAUGGGGGGAAACAAGGGAAUACCAGGCCGACAGAAAGACUUGCAGGAGUUAUAACACUGCUAUAAUCCAUUCAUUAUUUAAAAAAGAAUCAACAGAAGUGACAUAGGAAAAAAAAGCACAGUAUUUUUUAUGAUUUAUAUAGAAUUCUAUGGAAUUUUAUAAAAAAGACAUUUGGAGAAAAAUAUUCAACUCUGAAGUGUGGUUUGCCAAAAAGUGAAGAAGAAAACAGCUAUAUUAUAUAUAAAUAUAUAUUAAUAGAAAUUAAUAUCAGAUUUAUGAGGAAACUAAGAAGCAAUAUUUAUACUGAAUGGAUAUCCUUGGUUGUGUUUUUUUCCCAGUUUUAAGAUGAACUAUCGUUAUGUAUUAUCACCUGUUGAUAUUACGAACACUGAUAGAUGAAGUGGACAGAAGACAUUUGUCCAAUCAAAAUAUAUUUUAUAUACUAUCCUCUGGCCAUCACCUGCCUAUCUUGAAUAUUGUAAUUUUUGACAAUUCCAAAUCGCUUAGUCUGCAUAAAAUGUGUGUAUAAAUGACUGAAACACUUUACAUUUAUACAUAUCCUCACAGUCCACUGGAUUGAAAAUUGUCCUGAUGACACUUUUAUGCUCAACAUAUAUAGAAAUGUACAAAAAAAGAUUAGUUGUGACUGUUGAUUUCAUGGAGAGAAAAAAAAAAACAUAUCACUAAAGCUAAUUUAUAUGUGGAAUAGUAGUAGUAUUAAGAUGCUAUACAAAUCAUCACUGUGUGACUAUAAGGCUAUGCUACAUAAGGACUGGCAUGGCUCACUAUCCCCCCUACCAUCACUUCACUUACCCAUCAGCAACUAUUUGGAUACUUUUCCUAUUUUCUCUUCUUUUUUUAUCUCUUUUCUUUUUUCUUUCAUUCUACAUAAAUACCAAGACGUUUCCGUCUCUUUUGUGUAUAUUUGUGUUCAUAUUCUCUAUGUUGUAAUUCCUCAUGCGUAGAGUCGACUAUCGAAUUAUCAAAAAUGAAAAAGAAAGAGAAGUUCCUUGUAACUGCACUCUUCCUUCCCCCAAAAUCCUCAAUACUUCUUGUAUGGCAACCAAAAGUUACUGUAAGAAAUAAAUAUAAUAUUGCA